CAGAGCAGCUUGAUAAGGCAGAGGCUCGGGGGCGGCCGAUCACAAAAGGGAAGAGGGGAGAAAGCCUGGUUGUGUUAGAUGGAAAGAAACAGCGAAAUGAAUGUAUACUUUAAACAAAAGGAAAAGAAACUAAGGCAAAUAAUAUAAAUCUACCAGUGUCCCAUCUCCAUCUGGUUCUGUCCCUGGAGCGUCUGCCCCCUUUCGACCUCUCUUCAACGAUUUUGGGCCCCCAUCGAUGGGCUACGUGCAGGCUAUGAAGCCACCAGGUGCCCAAGGCUCCCAGAGCACAUAUACAGAUUUGCUUUCUGUAAUUGAAGAGAUGGGCAAAGAGAUACGACCUACAUAUGCAGGUAGCAAGAGUGCUAUGGAACGGCUGAAGCGAGGCAUUAUUCAUGCCCGGGCGCUGGUAAGAGAGUGUCUGGCAGAGACAGAGCGCAAUGCCCGCACGUAACACUCGCUUCCUCCUGGCACCACCCUUGGAGGAUCCUAGCACUUUCCAGCUAAUCAACAUUUCUGAAUCUGGAGUUUUCCCCUUCCUUUCAAAUCUUUCUACCAAUCAGUGUCUCAAGUCUUAGAACGGUGAUCGCCUUCAAAGACCUUUAUACCAAUUGGCACCUAAGAAUCUGAAGUAUCUCCAGUUGCAUCACAGAACUUCCCGUCAAUUGGCAUUCUGGGAAUAUAUACAGAAAGAAUUCAUUGUGCACACCUUUUGGUCUACUAGUCAGAAUAAUUGCUGGUGACAAGUUCUAUAUCUUUAUAAAAUACAUGGGGUUUUUGAAUAAAUAAAAUCUUUGGAAUUUGGAUUACCUCUUCUUCACUGUGCUUUUCUAUUUUUUUUUUUUUUUAUGCGGUGAGGGAAAUAUUCUCUACCUCACUAAAAUAUUACUGAAGGGCAUGUAUUGCAAGAUGUGCUUCCUUAGUAAAGCAGUAUGAAGCCCUCUCUUCCUCUUGUAACAAGAGUCUCAACCAGCGAUCACUGAGCCUGUAUUGGGAAACUUGUAAUAAAAUGUUUCUACUCCUA